AUGCUCCCUAAGCCCGUGGUCCACCCUCAAACCCCACUAGAGUCAACAUCAAGCAGUCCGCGAUUAAAAGUUGACACCGCAUUCCCCGGCGUCUCUAGAGAUUGUUCUCCCUUUCCGAGUAUUUCCCGUUUAGACAGCCCACGAAACAACUCACUUGCACGACUUCCUAGUCUAGAAGAAUUCGAUCUUGGCGUUGAAGCUCUUGCAAGAUUGUGCGGUCCUGCUCGUCCUUACACUCCUCUGUCGCCCCUCAGUUGCACAAGGCGAAGCUCUGUCCCCACUCAAACCUUGCCUCCGUUUCAAGAAUACGUUCCCCAAGACCUCCAUGCUCCUUAUCACAUGAAAGAUACCUGCUUGCAUGGCGUCUCCACCCUAGACGGUUAUCCUAGCCCACCUCCAGAUGGCGAGAACCCACAUAUCAAUCAGAAGUACACCACCGAAGAAGGAGAUUUCAUCAUCUAUGCCUGGCACGACAAGAACCUCAAGUGGAAAUGUAUUAAGGAAGAUUUCGCUGCCAUGUUUGGUCGAACGCCCGAGAGAACUGUGCAAGGCCUUCAAGCCUGGUAUUACCGGAUGAACCAGAGGAUUCCCGCCUGGGACCAGGAUGGCUGGUUGAUCUUCGACAACAAGGAUGAUUUGGAGCCGAAGCAUAUCAGCAUCAAGUGCCGCGAACGACACAGCCAAGAUAAACCUAUGGAGCAAGUUGGUCUUGGCCAACGCCAUCCCGAACGCGCUCUGCACUAUUCCUGGGUUGACCCUGAACUGAAGCGAAAGUCGCAAAACUGGGCUGCAAAGCGCGCAAUGCAAUACCGCGACAGGCGGGAACGAAGAAAGAGAAAGGAGCGGAGACUUCUCAAGCUCUAA